AUGAAGUUCAGCAUUAUUGCUCUCGCCUUCAUCGGCUCUGCCCUGGCCGCCCCUGGUGCCUCUACCCCCACUCCUUCUUCUACCCCAGCGGCUUCUUCCUCUUAUGCGGCUUCCUCCAGUUGUAUAGCCUCAACCACUGCCAGUCCUUCAGCUACUCCCACCUUUCAGCCAGGCUGCGACCUUGAGCACGCGGGCAACAACGGCAAGCAUCUUGGAUGGUGCAAGAAGGCCAGGCCCUACACCUACAUGAAUGGAACAAGCAUCUAA